AAAAACUGGAGCUGGUGGAAUUUCGGGUUAAUGAUCAGCCGCCGAGCCAGGAUCGGUGCGGGUCCCGCCAGGAAGGAUGGCCGUGCGCGACCUACGACACCCUCGGCGAUAGGGCCGCAGCCAUGGCCCAGAGGCUGGUGGGGGGCUCGUCUGCCCCCCAGGGGGAAGACUUCUCCUUCGUCAGCCCCCUGGUCAAAUACCUGCUUUUCUUCUUCAACAUGGUUUUCUGGGUGAUCUCCAUGGCGAUGGUGGCAGUGGGAGUCUAUGCCCGCUUGAUGAAGCACGCAGAAGCGGCCAUGGCUUGCCUCGCUGUGGACCCCGCCAUCCUGCUGAUUGUCGUCGGCGUCCUGAUGUUUUUCAUCACGUUCUGCGGCUGCAUCGGCUCCCUGCGGGAGAACAUCUGUUUGCUGCAGACGUUCUCGGUCUGCCUGACGUUAAUCUUCCUGCUGCAGCUGGCGUCGGGUGUCCUGGGGUUCGUCUUCUCCGACAAGGCCCGCGGGAAGGUGAGCCAGAUUGUCAACAACGCCAUCGUGCAUUACCGGGACGACUUGGACCUCCAGAACCUCAUUGACUUCGGCCAGAAAGAGUUCAGCUGCUGCGGUGGCGUCUCCUAUAAAGACUGGUCCCAAAACUUGUAUUUCAACUGCACGGCCCACAACCCCAGCUGGGAACGCUGCUCUGUGCCUUAUUCCUGUUGCCUGCAAACUGACGACCAGUCGGUCAUCAACACCAUGUGCGGACAAGGGAUGCAGGCGUUCAACUACCUGGAGGCCAGCGAGUUCAUCUAUACCAACGGCUGCAUUGACAAGCUGGUGAACUGGAUCCACAGCAACCUCUUCCUCCUGGGUGGAGUAGCGCUGGGAUUGGCCAUUCCCCAGCUGGUUGGGAUCCUGCUCUCCCAGGUCCUUGUCAACCAGAUCAGAGACCAGAUUAAGCUGCUGCUCUACAACCAGCAGCACCGAGCCGACCUCUGGUACUGAAAGGACUUGCCUGCGGGGAAACAAGAAAUAAGAAAUGUAUUAUUUGUGGCCUUCCCCAUGACCAAACCCUUGCCCGUCUCCCUGGGAUCCAAGAUGGCUCCCCCACAGGAAGUGACCUCAUUCCAUCGGACUGGAUUGCCCGAGCCACUCCGGGCGGCUCUUUUGAAGGCAGCGUCAACAUCAAAACGGUGCGCUGCUAAUUGUCUUACAGCAGCGGCUAAUUUUAAGCUGUGACAGCUCCUUCCUGCAAGGAAUAUCUCGAAGGAAGCUUGUUCACCCUAGAAGAGGAAUGAGCACCUCCCCAGCUUUGAACCUCUCCAGGAAGCUUGAAAACACACUCUUCCCCUCCCAGAUGCGAAGGUUUUUUUUAUUUCUUUUAAAGAGGAGAGGAGGGUAAAGAGUCGGAGCUGUCGGCCGAUGAAUCUCCACCUGCAUUUUCCAUCUGUGGAUAAAGCCCGGCUUGAGAAGGGAGCCGCUGGAUUUGAGCUCCAGGCAGGAGCUGGCCAUGGUUCUUGGCUACUUCGUUGGGGUGGAAAGAUGGGGCAGGCAGGUCGGGGCAUUGACCAAGGCCCCCACUUGCCUCCUGCUCCCUCCUACUGGGGAAGAAAGGUGCCUUCUUGAACCCUCAACCCAUCCUUGCAAACGAUGCUCCGACUUUGUAAUAUAUCAGGAAUGUGUUCCUGUCCCCCCCCACACACACACACUUCCCCUGGUUUAACUUUCCUAAAGGGAACAGGAGACAGGCAGGAUCAGAGCGUCUUUGGGAGGUGGGGUGUCCUUGCUGUGACCGACCCCUCCCGGUGCUUGUGAAAAGCAGAACUCUUUCACCACGACCAGGAAAAACGAGGAGCACCCGCUGCCUCGAUAAGGUCCCAUAGGAGCAGCAAAAUGGAAAUUCUGCGGGGGUUUCCCCGGCCCCAACCUGAUCCAGCAAUGCGGGGUCGGAGCUGAGCCAUAGAGGGAAAGGAAGAGGGCAUCUUGGAGUGGAGGAAAACUUGAACCUUAAAUGGAGGCAACAUGACUGUAACAGCAUACCUGCCAAGUUGCUGUCCGAGAAAUAAGGGACCAGGCCGGAAGUAGCAGACCGGAAGUAGCGCUGGCGCCAUUUUGGAACUGGGCGGAGCAUGCUCAGAAGUGACUUUUGAUGCUGCUUUGCCCAGUUCCAAAAUGGCCGCCGCGCCAGAAGU